CCGCAAAACACAAUCGCACCAGGAAAGUGGAGAGAAAACUCAUACCUCUAUACUCGUCAGUGAUAAUGUCACACAGGCACACCUACAGUGCCAGCAACCAGCAGCGAGCACAGGAAGCAGACAGAUAAAUAUAGACUCGCGCGGAGACCCGGAGACGAUCGGCGGAGCAGGAUACUCACAGACUAGUAUCCUACACCUGAGGGAAUCCGUGGAGGCCGAGUGGGAGUGGCGAAUUAAAGACUGGGACCGGGGCCGGGGGGAAACUAAACUAUAUGCGCCGAGUGGUCUCUGUGCUGGGGUCAAGUGACUGACGGUCAGGUAGCUGGAAACCUCUAGGGACAGUUUCAAAAAUGUAUUCUGGCUGCGUUUUUGCAAACCAUUACCCGCUGACAGAGUAAGGCUUGGUUUUCUAUUUGGAUUCCCGACACUUUAAAAAGGACGAAAGGAAUAAAUACCUGUCAGGUGGAGCGAGUGUAUGUCAAUAGGAGCUCGUUGAAGCGGUCAUGACACCUCGCCGUCUCUAGGGGUCACUCUCCCUCUGAUAAUGGGCCCGGAGGACGACGCUGCACAGACACGCACGAUGAUGGCCACGCCUCCGCCCUCUCCCCCCCUCUCCCGCUACCCCCUCGACCCCUUUACCAGCGUCCCCUGCCCGGCCCCGCCCCCCUGCUCCCCUUGCCCCUCCCCGCCUCCGCCCGGCAACGCCAGCCCCGCCCACGGGGGCGUGACCCAUCGGGCCCUGCGCAGCCGCCACCUGGCGCACCUGGACCCCUGGAGGAGGCACAGCUGGGAGCCCGGGGCCGUGGCGCCGGGCUGCCCGCCCAACGAGACCCGCAGUGUGAGCCUGGAGGAUCUGGACCCGGAGGAGAUGGAGAAGCUGCUGUGUGGGGCCCUGGGGCCACAGAGGGUCCCGGACCCGCGCCGGGUCCCCUUCCCUCAGUACGGCCAGGAGCCGGGGUCCCUGCAGUCCCUCACCGAGGAGGAGGCGGGGCCAGAGCCGCAGCACUACUCCGUACUGGAGGGUCAGUCCACUCAGCUGCAGGGCUGUAGUGCUUCAGCUCCGUCUCUGUGCCACGGUGUGGAGACCCGACCCCGGCCUCGCUCGCCCAAGCCCCCGCUGCGCCCCCGCUCACACUGCUACGAAACCUCGCUCUACAGCCAGGUCGGGGGGUCCACGCACAGCGUGGAUGCAGAGGGAGAGAGGGAAGAAGAGGAGGAGAGAGAGAGGGAGAACGGCAGCACCCUCGAACGCACCCUCAGCUUCCUGCGCAAGAUGGCGGGGAACCGUAAGAAUAAAGAGAAGGAAAGAAUGAAAGAGCGAGAGAAGGAGGCGAGAGAGAGGGAGGCGAGGUACAGCAACGGCCAUCUCUUCACCUCCCUCACUGUUUCGGGGACCACGCUGUGCUCCGCCUGCAACAAGAGCAUCACGGCCAAGGAGGCCCUCAGCUGCCCUACCUGCAAUGUCACCAUCCACAACCGUUGCCGGGACACGCUGCCGAACUGCGCCAAAGUGAAGCAGAGGCAGCAAAAGCUGGCCCUGGUGAGGAACAGCUCAGCACUGCAGGGCGUCACCCUUCGUAACAAAAACCCCAUGCUGAAAGAGAGGCCCAGCUCGGCCAUCUACCCCUCGGAGAGCCUGCGCCAGUCCCUCCUGGGCUCCCGCCGCGGGCGCUCCGGCCUCUCGCUCUCCAAGAGCGUCUCCACCAAUAACAUCGCAGGGAACCUGAAUGAUGACUCUCCCCUGGGGCUGCGUAGGAUCCUCUCUCAGUCCACCGACUCCCUCAACUUCCGCAACAGAGCCAUGUCCAUGGAGUCGCUCAACGAUGAAGGGGAGGUGUACUACACCUCCAUGCUGGAGGAGCUGGAGCGGGACGGGCAGGAUUUCGAGGCGGACUCCUGGAGCAUGGCGGUGGAGUCCUCCUACCUGCAGACCCACCGCAAGGACGUCAUCAAGAGGCAGGACGUCAUUUACGAGCUGAUCCAGACGGAGCUGCACCACGUGCGUACGCUGCGGAUCAUGGAGGGGGUGUUCCGGCGGGGCGUGCUGGAGGAGGUGAUGCUGGAGCCGGGCGUGGCGCACGCGCUCUUCCCCUGCCUGGACCGGCUGCUGGCGCUGCACACUCACUUCCUGUCCCAGCUCCUGGCCCGCCGCGGCCUCAGCCUGCAGCCCGGCAGCACCGCCAACUUCACCAUCCACCGGCUGGGGGACCUGCUGCUGGAGCAGUUCUCGGGCCAGUGUGCGGAGGAGAUGAGGAAGGCCUACAGCGAGUUCUGCAGCCGGCACCCGAAGGCCGUCAAACUGUACAAGGAGCUGAUGGCCAGAGACAAGAGGUUCCAGUACUUCAUACGGCGAGUGAGCCGCGGUCCCCUGCUGCGUCGCCAUGGCAUCCAGGAGUGCAUCCUGCUGGUCACCCAGCGCAUCACCAAGUACCCCGUCCUCAUCCAGCGGAUCCUGGACAACACCAAAGGCUGUGAGGAAGAGGCCGCCUCCCUGUCCCAGGCCCUGGUUCUGAUCCGGGAGCUCCUGAGCUCGGUGGACCAGCAGGUCCUGGAGCUGGAGCGGACCCAGCGGCUGCAGGAGCUGCGGGCGCGGCUGGACCCGCGGGCCCAGGCGGAGGUCCGGGGCGGGGGCGUGUUCCGCGGCGGGGAGCUCACCAGGAGGAGGCUCAUCCACGAGGGGACCCUGCUGUGGAAAACGGGCGGGUCCCGGCUCAAAGAUGUGCAGGUCCUGCUGAUGACGGACAUCCUGGUGUUCUUGCAGGAGAAAGACCAGAAGUUCAUCUUUCCCUCCUUAGACAAGUCCCCCGUGCUGUCCCUCAAUAACCUGAUAGUGCGGGACAUAGCCAAUCAGGAGCGGGGGAUGUUCCUCAUCAGUGACUCCACCCCCCCGGAGAUGUACGAGCUGCACGCCGCCUCCAAGGACGACCGGAACACCUGGAUGAGAGUCAUUCAGCAGACCGUCAGCAGCUGCCCCUCCAGAGAGGAUUUUCCCCUGAUUGAGACGGAGGACAAGGCCCUGCUGCGCAGACUCAGAGCUGAUAUCCAGCAGAAGGAUCGGGAGGUGCUGGAGCUGCUGCAGGAGAGGGUGACCCUGUUCUCCGACCUGGCGGAGGUCACGGGGGGUCAGGAGGUCACGCUGCCCCCCAGCUCCCGGAACCUGUUCAGGGCCGACACCCCCCAGGCCCCCCGCGGGGAGCGGCUGCUGACGGACGCCAUCGCCGAGGUGGACCGGCUGAGCGAGCUGCUCCUGGGAUCCAGCCUGGAGCCGCCGCCGUCCAGGGGCUCCAACGGGCGGAAGAAGCACCGGGGGGCGCUGUUCAUCAACGGACAGGAGAUAUCCUUCAACGGAACGCACGACAGCCCGGCGUCGAAGGACAGAAAUGGGAAUCAGCUGGAGGACAGAUCCCUAAACGAAGAGGUGUGUCAGAGGCUUGUGAACCUCAGUGUUCAGCUCCAUGCGCUGCAGGGUGGGAUCCGGCACUCCGUUUGGCUCUGCCUCAGGGAGCGCCCCGUCUCGACAGGGGGCCCCACGGCGCCGCCGGCCCCCCUGGGCCCCCUGGCCCCCCUGACCUCCACGCCGGCCCGGCUGUGCCGCUCCCUGUCACGUGACGCGGGCCUGGACGCCAGCGCGGGGGCGGCCAUCGGGGACCUGGCCAUGCUCCAGCGGCAGCACAGCCUCCUGCAGGAGGAGCUGGCCCGGCUCCGGGCCUCCGAGGCCCGGCUGCGGGACAGCGAGAGGGCCCGGGCCCUGCUGGAGCAGCAGCUGAGGGACGCCGCGCCGCUGCCCCCGGUGGACGCCGCUGGCGUCGCGGCCACGCAGCAGCAGGCUCCGCCUCCCCAGCGCAGAGGAAGCAAGUCCGAUCCCGGCCCCGUCGCCCCGUUGGCCAGCCAAGAGUCGGCGGACCAAUCGGACGGCCCGCAGGAGGGCAGCGACGCGGAGGCGAACUCGGACGAAGAGGGAGAGGAAGCGGAGGUCGACGUGGAGACGGAAGAGGACGUCAGGGUUUCGCCCCGGUCCGACAGCCCCAGAGAUCUCCAGGACAUUCCGGAGGAGAGCGAGAGCGGGGCGGAGCCACGGUAGUCUGGAGGCGGGGUUUUUUACGCCGCUACCGCCCCACCCCCCGGAGCUAGCCACGUUGGGGGCACACAACCCCUGGAGCUGGGCCAGACCGAAAAAAAAAAAGACUUUACAGAGAGACUAAGCCCAUUCAAUACACUGAUUGGUCUUCCUCUGUGUACAUACAAAUAUGCUGUUUUUUCAUGCGUGUGUGUGUGUGUACACACACACACACAUACACACACAUGUAUAUAGUGUCUUUCUGUGUCAUACAGAAAACCUUGGAUGUGGGGGGAAAAAGGUCAUUCUCAGGAACAGGAAGUUUUUUUGACAAAUAAUUUUAUGUGCCAGCGAAGUAUCAUGGUUUAAUCACGUGGAGCUUUCAACCAGUUUUACUAGUUAUUUACAGUCCAUAGAGCUGGAGGAAUUCUUUUUAUGGGGAACAAAAAGACAUAAAAAUGGACAUGCAAGGAUUUUGUGUGACACCAACAAUAUAAAUAUAAAUAUUCAUGUACAUGUAAAACUAUGAGGUAUUGUACUGUAGUUCAUGAUUGAUUAUGUUAUUUGAUUUUGUAGAAAAUGUGUUUUUGUUUGUCCACUCCUCCCCUGCUCUCUCUGUUUCCCCUCAGCACUCUCCUUUUAAAUGAGAGAGAGAGCAAGCGAAGCAGAGUAGGCGGAGUCAGAUAAGAGUGACAGCACAGAUAGGGCCCUGUGAUUGGCUGACGGGGCUGCUGACAUUAUGGCCUCUAUUCAAUCGACAUUUGUCCUUAACUCUGACUCGUGAGCCAGUGAAAGCACUGUACUUUUUCUUCUCAUCAAACUCGGUUUUUUUUUGCGAGCUGGUUUUGAGUGACAGCUAAACUUAACCAACCUCGUGUUUACAGCGAAGAAGAAAAAAAAAGAAAAUGGUUCUCGCUUCUGAUAGUUAGUCUGAUAAGUUAGUUAAUCUGUUAACGGACCUUUAAGGGCAAUUGUGGAUCGAAUCCCGGGGAAUGUGCCACAGCUAUGAGCGUGUGAUACCGUAUCACCCCGGUAUGGUCUGGGUUCUAACCUAUCCAGGUCCACUGCACUCUGACUCGUACAGAAGCACAGCUGACUGAACUCUAGGGGACUGAAAUGAGGUUUAUAGGGGAGAGGAGGCCAAAUGUACUGUAUACACACAUUUGAGAACUCUGAAAUACCCCCCCCGCCCUCUCUAUCCCUCAUGCUCCUCUUGCCAAACACUUGAAUCCCCCCCCCCUACCUGCCCUCCCCCCCAUACAUGUUUUUACAGAUUUUUUACAUUUUAAACCUAUUUAAAUUUUAAUUGGCGAGGAGGAAGUUGGUUGGGGGGCUGGGGUGAAGGGGCAUUCAACGAGCUGUUCAGAAUUCUGUGGGAGAAUUUUUCAGAAAUGUAACCAAAGAUGAUUAUUAUUUUGGGAGGCGUGGGGGGGGGGGUGGGGGGGGUCCUGUCAUUACUGUUGCAAAGGGAAUGGAACCGUACGCAGUGACGGCUGUCUUCUUUAAGAUAAAAGCCUUAAAUUACAGACGCGCUGUAUGCCAGCAUAGGCACAGCAUGCAGUCGUAAUAGUCUUCUGACUGGUUCUGAAGCGCUGCCCGUAGUUGAGUGACGUGGAAGACGGCAGAACAUUCUGCUGUCACAGAACCGAAGCACUCUGAGCUUCAGGAGCUGAAGCUGGCGUCCGCUGGGCGUCGCCCGGUUUAUCCGGACAACUCGACGUCCGGGGGGCACUAGGCCCUUUGUGAAAACUCCCACUAUGUACUAUGACAUCAUCAGAGUGAGACGAGUAUGAGUUUCCAGUGUGACAUUCUGUGUCAGCCCAUUUCAAGCUGGUACUAUGACAUCAUCAGAGUGAGACGAGUACGAGUUUCCAGUGACAUUCUGUGUCUGCCCAUUUCAAGCUGGUUUCCACGACCAGACCCGAAGGCAUUAGAAGGUAACUAGUGAGAGUAAGCUUCAUGUAUUUAAUAAAAAGACUGCCAUUCAUUCUGAACAGUGGAGAGGACACACAGUAGUUAAACUGGAUUUAUUUACCGUUUCCUCAUGUAAACCACAGAAGAGACCACAAUAGUGCUUUUUUUUCUAUUAUAUAUUAUAUAUAAAGUAUGUAUUUGUGUAUAAAUGUUGACCGUUUUCUUUAAAAAGAAGCAAGAAAAAAAGACACAAAAUGUUGAAUUUUUUGUUGUAAUUCUGUUUUGAUUUUUAAUUUGUAUGUAAUUUGGCUGACCAUCAUUUGGCUGGCUUUCAAUCUGUCUAUAAAUCUGGCUGAACGGA